GGAGGUCGCGGGGUUGAGGGAGCUGGGAGACGGGGACGGCCUCGCCUCUAUGGUCGCGGGCGCGGGGCGUCUUCCUUUACGGUUCCCGCUGCGUGACUUCCGGGAGCGCAGCGCCCGCCUGCUCUGCUUCCGCGGGGUCCAGGCUGGGGUCCACGGCGGGGCAGGCCCCGGACGGUCGCACUGGUUUAAUGAUGCUUUGCAGCAAUUUUCUCAGUCUGAAAAUCUCCGGGUUUGUGGGUCCCAGAUUUUGCUGAGAUGGAGGAGGAUGCCCUGAGCCCUGUGGUCCGUGAGGAGGAGCGCCAGCCCAGAAACACCAGCCCCCAGAUCUCCAUCAGCGAGUUUUCUUGUCACUGCUGCUAUGACAUCCUGGUCAACCCCACCACCCUGAACUGUGGGCACAGUUUCUGCCGGCACUGCCUCGCCUUAUGGUGGGUCUCGUCCAAGAAAACCGAGUGUCCGGAGUGCAGAGAGAAGUGGGAAGGCUUCCCCAAGGUCAACAUUCUUCUCAGGGAUGCCGUGGAGAAGUUAUUCCCUGAUGCCAUUCGAAUGCGACUGGAAGACAUCCAGCAGAACCAGGACAUGGUCCAGUGUCUGGCGGCCUUUCAGAAAUACGGGAACGAUCAGCUCUCCCUGGCCCCCAGCGUCGGUCGCGGCCAUCAGCAGAGAGGAGGGGGCUUCUUUUCCGGAGUGCUCACAGCACUCACGGGAGUGGCAGUGGUCCUGCUCGUGUAUCACUGGAGCAGAAGAGAGUCCGAGCAUGACCUCCUGGUGCACAAGGCCGUGACCAAAUGGACAGCGGAGGACGUUGUCCUCUGGCUAGAGCAGCUGGGCCCAUGGACCGCCCUCUACAGAGACCGGUUCUUGUCCCAGAGAGUCAAUGGAAGAUUGCUUCUCACGUUGACAGAGGAGGAGUUUUCUAGGGCCCCAUACACUGUGGAGAACAGCCACCGGAGAGCCAUCCUCAUGGAGCUGGAGCGCGUGAAGGCGCUGGGCGUGAAGCCCCCACAGAACCUCUGGGAGUAUAAGGCGGUGAACCCAGGCAGGUCCCUGUUCCUGCUCUACGCCCUGAAGAGCUCCCCCAGGCUGGGCCUGCUGUACCUCUACCUGUUCGACUACACGGACACCUUCCUGCCCUUCAUCCACACCAUCUGCCCUCUGCAGGAAGACAGCUCUGGCAAGGACCUCGUCACCAAGCUGCUGGACCUGAGGGAGCCCACGUGGCGGCAGUGGCGGGAAUUCCUCGUCAAGUACUCCUUCCUCCCAUACCAGCUCAUCGCCGAGUUCGCCUGGGACUGGCUGGAGGUCCACUACUGGACAUCCCGGUUCCUCAUCGUCAACGCCAUGCUGCUCUCUGUUCUUGAAUUAUUCUCCUUCUGGAGGAUCUGGUCAAGGAGUGAGCUGAAGACUGUGCCCCAGCGGAUGUGGAGCCAUUUCUGGAAAGUGUCAACACAGGGCCUUUUCGUGGCCAUGUUCUGGCCCCUCAUUCCUCAGUUUGUUUGCAACUGCUUAUUUUACUGGGCCCUGUACUUCAACCCGAUCAUUAACAUUGAUCUCGUGGUCAAGGAGGUCCGACGACUCGAGACCCAGGUGUUGUGACAGGCCCCGGCCUUAUCCCGAGGUCUAAGAUGGGAGAGGACGGUGGGCGCCCUGAGUGGCGAGGGAGAAGCUGCCUCAGCCCACGGGGGCUUCGGGGCUGCACCCAAGAGCCAGGCCCAGCCACCUGCAGCCUCUCCACUACACCGCCUUCGCCCUCCGUGCCUGGGCCAUGAGCACGAGGAGCCUUUGGGGACACAGCAGGGCCAACAGCUGAAGGUGGCAAUCACGUUGGCCGCCCUCCUGUCACCUCAAUGAUCUACACAAGCCCCUGAGCAAACCCCAGCUGAGAUGGAGCCCGGGACCAGGCCUGCCCCCAGCCAAGGUCAAGUCUUUGUCGGAGGCGCAUCCAGAAAGCACUUGGGAAGUCCAAAAUUCUCACAGGGGCGCAGCCAGGAGGGUUCCUCCUGGCCAGGCCAGGAGCAUCAUGAGGGCCCCCCUGAAUGCUGCUGAACCUCCUCGUCACCGUUUGCUACAUUGGGGACGCCGUCUCGGGCAGGGGGUUGCCAGGAGGCAGCCAGGUGGAUCAUGAUGUACAUCGAACCCAUCUGCCUCAGCGCUGCUUUGGUGUGUUUUCUGGGCAUGGUGUGGGGUGUGGUAAGUGUUUUGUUUUUAAUCCAUAAACUAAAUUACAGGGGAGUCCUUCUGUCAGAGGAAACGUGUUGUACAUUGACGUCAUGCUGUAUCAUCCUUAACAGUCCUGUGGCGAAGUCACACAGCAGCAUCUGAGGACACCCAGACCUGCGUUUGUCCAUGGGAAGGAGUCGGACUCUGGAUUUCCCGUGUGGAAAGAGCAGGCGGGGAAACUGAGCUCCCUG